AUGUCUGUUAAUAGCAGUAGGUUUUCGACGCCCGAAGCGAGUAGCAAAUUUGUGGUUCCCGGUGAUCGGCUCUUCCCAAUUAGCGAAGACCUAAAAGCUGGCACUGGCACUUAUGAAUUGUACGGCUAUAUACAUGCUUCACUUGCCGGAAAGCUUCAUAUGUAUACAAGUAAUGAUCAUGGCAAGGAAAUCAAAGUGGUGGAGGUGCGAAGGGAAUCCGAAAAAGAUAAGAGUCAUGUUAUGCCAUAUGUCGGAUGUAUUGUUACAGCUAAGAUCAAAUUGCACCAGUGUGUUCAUCCCGGUGAUGUUAUCCUGGCACGUGUCAUUGGUUUUGGCGAAAAUCUCAGUUCGUAUCUGCUGAGUACAUCCGAAGACGAAUUGGGCGUUGUGAGUGGUAUCGGUGAUUUGGGCGAAAAAUUAACGCCAUGCUCACAGAACGAAGUGAAGUCAGUCGUUACGGGUAUGCGUGAACCACGAAAAGUUGCCCAAAUAGCCGAUUUGAAUCGAUAA